AUGCCCUCACAAUCUACGGUAGGGCCGACUCGCUCGGCGUGGUUCGAGUGUAUCCAACUAGAUGAGCAGACGAACGUAGAUAUUGUUGCGAUUCCACCCAUCGGGGCCCAUCAUCAAAAAUCCUGGAUAGCCCAGGGAUCAAAAUCACCCUGGCUGGGGACUGAUCUGCUAAAGCGCAUGCCGCGGGCGCGGGUGCUGCUGUACAACCAUGGCCAGCUGCGCGAGCGUGAUAAGAUCGAUCUCCUGGGUCAACGGCUUUUGAACCGCCUGCUCGAACAGCGCAAACAUCACAGCCCUCGACGGCCGAUAUUCUUCCUCUGCCACAGUACGGGCGGUUUAGUAGCCAAGGCAUGCCUGGCUCUAGCCCCACGGGCCGAGCCGAGCCAGGCUAUCGUAACCAGCUGUCAUGGCAUCGCGUUCUUCGCGACUCCUCAUCAGGGAUCGACAUAUCUGUCGGCAGAAGAGUAUCAACGGAGUAUUCGACGAUUGCUGUAUUUGGAGCAUGACAUACCGCUCUCGUUGCGAGAGCAGUUUCGUCCGCGGCAGGAAAGACUGUGGCAUCUUUCUAACCAGUUCAAGGCGCUCUCUGCUGACAUGAAGGUCUGGUCGUUCCUAGAGACUAUUGACUCGACUUUGCAUGUGCAAGAUUUAGAGUCUAAUAAUCUCAUCGAGUUUCAUGCCCCGAUCACCUCCAUCAGAUCUGGUUUACUCAGUAUCGAGCACGAGAACGAGAUCCCCAUAGGAACGGACCAUGCCGGGACAUCCUGCUUCCAGGGACAAGAAUCGGCUCUAGAGGCCUUUUUGACUGAACUCAAUGACGCUGUGAAUAUGGCUGCGGAGCUUUCCAAGCUGAGGGAUAAUCCUUUACACGUGGAGCAGGAAGUUAUGGUCCAAAUCAAUGGAUUCUUUGAGGACACUGCCCUUGGUGUGAGUGAUGAGACUCCUCUGAAGCUAUGGUCCACACAGGUCUCAUUGGAGAAAUACCUGUCCAAAGGACCAUCGACUUGCCUGCGUGAGCGAUUGGAGCGAAUCCAGCCCGGAACAUUGGAUGAUUCCUCAUUGAGCAGUUAUGGUAGUCGAUUUCCGUCCCCAAAGGUAGUCCAGGGGCCCGAGCAUGACGAUGAAGAUGUUAGUGAGAAUGACCUUACUGAUGACGAUCAUGAUGACCACGAUAAUCAUGGAGCUGUGCACGAAAGUGAUGAACGACCCUCGAGGCCGGUCUUAAAACACGGCCAGAGCUACCAACCCCCCAUAGACCCAGCACUCCAUUCCCCAACCAUCCACAUCACCAAGGCUGCCACAGAUGGGAGCUCUGCAUCGCCGUCGCGACAGGUUGACUUUUUAACAAUCCCUGCUUCGACACGAGACCGUAUAAACGAGGAUGCCGAGGGAGCCGAUAUACCACGAUCGCUGCCGCGAUUUGACAGACCGGAUCCGGGCACGGAAAAGCUGCUGUGGAUACAUGUCCCGUAUACGCAUACCGGAUGGGUGUCACAGGUUAUUCGGCGAGCAUGUCAGGACCGUCAGGAACCGACAUUUCUGCGAAAGUUUAUCAAUGAUGAGAACUGGUACCUGAAUCUUAACCGGGCUCGACAUAUGGAGCCACAUGCCCGGUUCGUGCGACCAAAAUGCAUUCACUCCCGACAGAUGGAUGUAUCCCACGGGGCCAAGGAAGGAGACGCAGAAGAUCCCCAGCUGGCUCUUUAUACACCUUAUCUCCAUUGGGAUACAUACCGAAACCUGAUCCAACGCCGCAAGGUCGUUGAAGACCGAGUCCACCAGGGACGAUCGAGACCCGUACCAUACCGUAUCGACAGAUCGAGCCUCGAGGCUAAACUUAUAUGGCAGUACUUAGGCUGCGAGCCCCCAAUUCACUUCCGACGCACUCUUGACCAAUACGGGUACCCCAAUCUACGCUCGACUGUAGCUCGAGACGACGACCAAAUGCUCUGGAAACGUACCCGCAAACCAGCCCGGAUCGACGACCAACUUCGAGAGUACCUAGAAGCAACAAAUGAUGAUCCAGAGGGCACUGAGCCUACCGAGUUUAUGGACGGUAAUGUAUUGAUGGUCGACCAGCUUUGGCUCUGGAUCGUCGACCGAAAGACUGUUGUUACGUUCUUCCCUAAUCAAGAAGCGACUACAUCAGAGGGAAAGUUGUUUGAACAGACGAAUUUGCAUAGCAGCAUUUAUAAUGAGUUGAAUGGUGAUCUUGCUCGCCGGUUUGAGACGGCGGGUGACCUGGCAGCUUUGAUCAUGUUACAUGCGACAACUGUUCUGCUGGAUAAGACGCUCCAUCGUGACUUGCAAGUCCUGCGAAUCUUUGAAGAGUCGAUCAGUAUUCUGACUGAAUCGGUAACCAAAUCCUUCAAACGGUUCCGCAAUCGAGGCUUCGUCAAUCGUCCCGCCGACUACGAUCGCACCGCAGAAGGCAAAAACAUGACGGCCGCACAACGGGACGCAAGAGAUCGCCAAACAGCCCGUCGCAACCGUGACGACCUCUCCGUUCUUCUCGAACUACGCGAUAUCGAAGACGAGCUUUCGACAAUUCUGAAACUCCUCGAUCAGCAGGACACUGUGAUCAAGAGCAUGAUGAAAUAUUUCGACCGGAAUGGAUGUGGUAUAGUCUUCCUCGACGCUGCGCAGAUGCGAAUCGACGAAUACCGGACACAGAUUGGCGAUAUGAAGGAGAACAGCCAUCUAGCGCAGAAGGCGGUUGAGACUCUGCUUGAUUUGAAGCAGAAACAGGCCAAUGUCGACGAAGCGAAGAUGGCUCGGUGGCAGGCCGAGGAGACGCAGAAUCAGUCUCGGUCGCUGAUGGUGUUCACCAUUUUCACAGUCAUCUUCCUGCCGCUCUCCUUCUUCACAUCCCUCUUCGGUAUCAAUGCCCGUGAAUGGAGUGGAACGCCUGAGAAUCUAUCUCUAGCCGAGAUGCUCGAGAUUGGCGCACCGGCCUCCUUCGCAAUCAUAGGGAUCGCCCUACUAAUGGCAUUCAGCGGAAGCCUCCGCCAAACAGUCACAAAAUCGCACAAAAUCAGCCGCGGUCUAUGGAGAGAAUUUAUCUCAGCCCCAAUAAAAAUGUUCCUGCACUGGGACUCUUUCAAAAGCAAGAUUCCCUCCGUCGUCCCGGCUGAUAACUCGGCGAUGCGGAAGCGCUUCGAUCAGUACCUCGGAUACAGCAUUCAUCGGACGCAAUUUGAGGAGGACUUUUGGCAGCGGCGACAGGUUGAGAGGAGUCCACUUGAAGAGUUGGAGCGGAGGAAAAGGAAACGAGUUAAGUCGAUGUCCAAGGCGAAUGGUUGGGGAGAGGCAUUGGCGGAGAAAGUGCGGAGGGUGAGUGAGGGCGGGCUCAACGUGUGA